AACUUUGUAGGGUUCAUAAGCAUCAAUUGUGGGAUAGCUCCGGGCUCUGAUUAUACAGAUGAUGAAACCCAGAUAUAUUACACUUUGGAUGCAAAAUUCAUAGAUACUGGAAUCAAUUAUAAUGUUUCCAAGGAAUACGUUGAUGAGGAUACCGAUCAACUCAUGGACGUUAGAAGCUUCCCAGAAGGAGACAGGAAUUGUUACGCCCUACCACCAGGACAAGGCAAGAAUCAUAAGUAUUUGAUCAGGGCUUGGUUCAUGUAUGGGAAUUAUGAUUCCAAGAAUCAACCUCUAGUCUUCAAACUAUAUCUGGGUGUUGAUGAAUGGGCUACGGUGAAUAUAACAAAUGCCUCUGUUAUCAUCAGAAAGGAAAUCAUACACAUUCCGACAACAGAUGACAUAGAUGUGUGUCUAGUAAACGCAGGUUCCGGGACGCCAUUCAUAUCGGUGCUAGAGCUCCAACAGCUUAAUGAUUCCAUUUAUAGUCCAACUGAACCAGGAUCCCUGCUACUCCAUGACAGAUGGGAUUUUGGUACACAAAAAGAGAAGUGGAGCUUAAUCAGGAGCAAAGAUGAUGUUUACGACCGGAUUUGGAGACCAUUCACAAAGUCGUCUUGGGAGUCCAUUAAUUCAUCAGUUGUAAGAUCUUCCUUUAGUGUCUCUGACUAUAAACUGCCAGGGAUUGUCAUGGCGACUGCUGCAACACCUGCAAAUGAAAGUGAACCCUUGCGAAUCUCUUUAGACAUAGAUGAUGAUCCUUCUCAAAAGUUAUACAUUUACAUGCACUUUGCCGAGGUUAAGGAAGGCGUGUUCAGAGAAUUUACUACCUUCGUGAAUGAUGAUGAGGCAUGGGGUGGGACUGUGCUUACUACAUACCUUUUUUCCUACACGGCAGAGAGCGACUAUUCCAUGAGCGGAAGUACCACAAAGAAAUUGUCCUUUUCACUAAAAAGAACAAACAGAUCCACGCUUCCACCAAUUAUCAAUGCUAUGGAGGUUUACAUAAUAAAAGAAUUCUCACAAGCAUCAACUCAACAAAACGAUGUUGAUGCAAUCAAGGGGAUCAAAUCAGAGUACGCAGUGAGCAGGAACUGGCAAGGAGACCCAUGUCUCCCCAUCAAAUACCAAUGGGAUGGCCUGACUUGCAGCCUCGAUAUUUCCCCUGCUAUAAUCACAUUGUGA